AGCCUUUACCUCCAGUAUCGUCGCAUUGAACUCCGUACAGAACCCCCAGCAGCGACCGUGGACAGCUAUGGAACUGUUUGUCAAGACACAGUGACACAUUCUCCGCGUCUCAUCCUGUACUAUAUAUACUGUUAGCGAUUUACUCUCACCGGGCAGUUUACCCCCGCACAUCACCUGCCCUCCUCCCACACAGUCAAUCGCCGCAGUUCCUCCAGCUCCCUCAGUGUCAUCAGCACUGACCUACGGCCGCCAUGCCUCAACAAUUGGGCUCCAAGGACGCAUCGCUGUUCCGCCAGGUGGUCCGCCACUAUGAGAACAAGCAAUACAAGAAGGGUCUCAAAGCUGCGGACCAGAUCCUGCGCAAGAACCCAAACCAUGGCGACACACAAGCAAUGAAAGCUCUGAUAAUGAGCAACCAAGGUCAGCAGGAGGAAGCCUUCGUGCUUGCGAAGGAGGCGCUCAAGAACGACAUGAAGUCGCACGUCUGCUGGCACGUUUUCGGCCUGCUCUACCGAGCGGACAAGAACUUCGAGGAAGCUAUCAAAGCAUACAAGUUUGCCUUGAGACUGGAGCCAGACUCUCAGCCCAUUCAGCGUGAUCUGGCUCUGCUCCAGAUGCAGAUGCGAGAUUAUCAGGGCUAUAUUCAGAGCAGAAGCGCCAUGCUUCAGGCACGACCAGCAUUCCGACAGAACUGGACUGCGUUGGCGAUCGCACAUCAUCUGGCUGGCAAUCUCACAGAGGCGGAGAAUGUCCUGAACACGUACGAGGAGACACUGAAGACUCCCCCGCCAAGAUCCGAUAUGGAACAUUCUGAGGCGGUCCUCUAUAAGAACAUGAUCAUCGCCGAGUCGGGAGAUUUGGAGAGGGCCCUCGAGCAUCUGGAUUCCGUUGGCAAGAGGUGUUCAGAUGUGCUCGCCGUUAUGGAAAUGAGGGCCGAUUACCUUCUGCGCCUCGGCCGUAAGGAGGAAGCUGAAGCUGCCUAUACUGCCCUCAUCGACCGGAACCCUGAGAACGCGAACUAUUAUGAAGGGUUGAUACAGGCAAAGGGUAUCCCCGAGACUGAUCAUAGUGCAUUGAAAGCUGUGUACGAUCAGUGGGCUGAUAAGUAUCCCAGGGGUGACGCCCCGCGUCGGAUGCCUCUGGACUUCCUGGAAGGUGACGACUUCAAGACUGCCGCAGACGCUUAUCUCCAGCGUAUGCUUCGAAGGGGCGUGCCGUCACUUUUUGCAAACAUUAAAACUCUCUACACCAACACGGCUAAGCGUGACACUGUUCAGGAGCUUGUUGAAGGUUAUGCAGCAGGAAAGGUUGAGAGCCAGUCCAAUGGAUCCACAGAGAACCAGGUCAAGAUUGAUGGAACUGAUUUCAAGUCCGCCGUCUUCUAUUUCCUUGCGCAGCAUUACAACUACCAUCUUAGUCGGGAUCUGGCAAAGGCCAUGGAAUACGUCGACAAGGCUAUCGAGCUGGCACCCAAGUCAGUGGAUUAUCAAAUGACCAAGGCACGGAUAUGGAAGCACUAUGGCAAUCUUGCCAAGGCUGCGGAGGCGAUGGAGCAAGCGAGACAGCUGGACGAGAAGGACCGUUACAUCAACUCGAAAGCUGCCAAGUACCAGCUUAGAAAUGACGACAAUGAGAAGGCACUUGAUGACAUGAGCAAGUUCACGCGCAACGAGACCGUUGGUGGUGCACUCGGUGACUUGCUCGAGAUGCAAUGUGUGUGGUAUCUUACCGAAGAUGGAGAGUCCUACUUGCGUCAGAGGAAGCUCGGACUCGCUCUGAAGCGGUUCCAUGCUGUUCAGACCAUCUUUGAUGUUUGGCAAGAAGACCAGUUCGAUUUCCACAGCUUUUCGCUACGAAAGGGUAUGAUUCGGGCAUAUGUUGACAUGAUCCGUUGGGAGGACCACUUGCGGGAUCAUCCCUUCUACACACGGAUGGCGCUCUCCGCAGUUAAGGCUUACGUGCUCUUGCAUGACCAGCCCGAUCUCGUUCACGGCCCGGUGCCUGCUGGUCUGAAUGGCAGUGAGGAGGAUAGUGCAGAAAGGAGAAAGGCUCUUAAGAAAGCCAAGAAAGAGCAGCAAAAACUUGAAAAGGCGGAAGCUGAGAAGAGAGAUGCGAAGAGGGCAGCAAGCGCUACCGCGAAGAAUCUGGAUGGUGAGAUCAAGAAGGAGGACACGGAUCCUCUAGGAACGAAGCUCGUGCAGACACAAGAUCCUUUGAAAGAGGCUCUCAAGUUUCUUACUCAUUUGCUGGAGUUCAGCCCCGGCAAUAUUGAGGCGCAGAACGUCGGGUUUGAAGUCUACUUGAGAAGAAAGAAGCACCUCCUGGCGCUGAAGUGCCUGCUGGCUGCUCACUCCAUUGACGCUUCGAAUCCAACACUCCAUGUUCAGCUCCUUCGCUUCCGGAAGGAACUCGACUCUCUCGCAGAGCCUCUUCCCCCCCAGGUCGCGGAGGUCAUCACCAGCGAAUUUGAGCCUCUGCUCCCGAAAUCUACUAACCUCACUGAGUGGAACGACGCAUUCCUUACUGCUCAUAAGACACGCACCACCCACGUGCAAGCCGCGCUGUCCGCUCGACUGCUCCUCAGCCCUGACUCCAAGUCGCAGUGUGAGCAGGAUCUUCUCUCCACUCUUGAUCUGGAAGACGCCACGAUACAGAAGGCUGUGGCGGGUCUGGACCUGCUCAACGAGUGGGGUAGUAACCAGGCCGCAAAGACUGCCUACAUUGAGAAGGCGCACAAGAAGUGGAACGAAGCAUCUGCGUUUCAGGCGAAGCAAAGUGACGCUUGAAGAAGGAUAGAUUAUACUUCUUUUCUGUACUUCCCUCAACGAGGGCCGGGUCCACAGAACAACCGAUAUGCUUGACGGCUACGUGAAGUGAAGAGGAAUGAGAUGCCACUCUCUACGACCCAAGGCCGUCAGGGAAAAUGCCGGAAAGGUCUCUAGCCUUUCUAGUGAAGACGAAAAAUUUCAUAAAU